UGUCUUUAAUCGUGGUUAUUAGAUGAAACUACUGUGAACAAUGAACAUUGAACAACAACAUUAACAACAUACAACCACGAUCAUUAGAUCUUUACAGGUCUAUGCGACCGUGYGACGAUAGUUCCUCUUAUCUCAUUUUCUAAACAUCAGCUGUUCUGGUCUCCAUUCCUGAGUCCCAUCAUCACGAUAGUUGCUAUCGCAAUCGAACUUUCGCACGUUUCAAGUUUUCAACUUAGAAGUUCAAACGAAUAGUAUAUCAGUACCUAUACAGAAACUCUUAACUCCAGAUAUUGUAAUAAUUUUUUUUUUWUUUUUUCCUGAUUUAGUCGCGUAUUUAACAUUCCACCCGUCUUUCGGAUGUCUACUUUUCUGAUUGUCACAGAAAUGAAUUUCAUCUUCCCGACAAUAUGAGUUUUUUUUCUAUUUUUUCAAAGAAAAAUAAUAGCUCUUCAAAUACACAAAAAAAUCAAUCUAAAGACAUACUAUCAAGAAUGGUUGAUCAAGACUUAGUAUUACAGGACAAAUUAGAGAAAUUAGAAAAACAAAAAAAUUUAAGGAAACAGAAUCUUCUCAACAAAGAAAAAAAUAUCAAAGAAUGUGAAGAAAAUAAAAUUCGUCUUCAUCAGAAAAAUAGUAACAAUGAUAAAGAUACAACUAUAAAAUGGUUAUCACAGUAUUCAAAACUGGUUAAUGACAUGCCAUCUGAGUUAAUGUUCUCCAAGAAAAUAAUUAAUCCUGCAUUACUACACAGAGUAUGUACAGCUGGUGGUGGUCAUCUUCUAUUAUUUAUUUUGGAGAACGAUCUGAUAUUACCAUUGACAAAAGAAUACCUUGUUAAAAUGGGUGUUAAGAGCUGUGAUGAUCAAGCAAUAUUAAUUAAUACAUUAAAUUAUUUUCCUAUACCAUCUGCUUCAACAGAAAAUGAGGUUUCUCCAUCGGCUCCUUUUUUAGAGGAUGUUGAAUGUAUUAUCUGCAUGGAAACAAAAUUUGAUGUUUUGUUUAUUCCUUGUGGACACUUGUGUUGCUGUGGGAAGUGCUCUGAACAAAUAUCAUUGUGCCCUAUGUGCAGAACUGAAAUCUUACAUAAAUAUGAUGUAAAAAAUAUAACUUGACUAUUAUUUAUAUCAGUAUUUUCAGUCUUAGCAUUGCUAUUAUUGGCUAGCGUUUAUCAAUUAUUAUUAUUAUUAUUAUUCUUAUUAUUACUAUUACUAUAUUACAUAUUUUAUACAAUAGAAUAAGCAUUGAAUAGCAUUCAUAAAACUUAUUAUUUGAUAAUACUAAAUAUUAAACACUAAUUUAGCUUAUUCAAAACUAUAUUUUUAUAURCUAUUAAUGUUGUUUAAUUAAUCCAUGUUAACACAUUAUAAUACAUUUAUUUUUUUACUGUUCUAGAAAUAACAUCACUUUUUAAUAAAAAUAAUAAAUGUUAAAAAAAAAAAAUUAAGAACUUAAUAAUCACAAUUCCAAAUCAUCAUCAACCAAAUCAA